AUGGCGGAUGAGUUUCAUGCUUUGACCGCAAACGAAGUAGAGGAAUAUUUAGCUCGUAUUCACUUUACAGGCCCAAUAGAACCAACUCUUGACAUUCUUAAGGACCUGCAAAAAUGUCAUAUUUUAUCAGUUCCCUUUGAGAACUUAAGUGUGUUCGGAAAGGAGGAAAUAGUUCUCUCCAAAGAUUGGUUGUUCGACAAAGUCGUUCGAAGACAUCGCGGCGGGUAUUGCUUUGAACUUAACUCGAGUUUUUCGUUACUUCUCGAUCAUUUUGGGUACAGCUACGGAAGAAAAUCUGCUGCGGUCUACAGCCGCAAAUCGGGGCUUAUAGGAUCAUCGACUGAUCACCUGAUAAACGUCAUAAACAUUGGAGAUGCAAUGUGGUUGAGUGAUGUCGGUUUUGGAGAUUCAUUUUUAACUCCUCUCCUCAUCGACUGCUCUGCAGAUGGACAGGAACAACAAAGUGGGACGUAUCGUAUUAGGAAAGACGGCGAUCAAUAUUUCUACGAAGAGAAAGUGAAAACCAUUGUUGACGAGUUUGGUAACGAAGAAAAAGCAAAGGAGAAAUUUAUCACCGAAGCUGAAUGGGCUAUCAGGUACAGGUUUGACCUGACUCCUAGGAAAAUAGAAGACUUCCAUCAAAGUCUUAUUUAUCAUCAAACAGACCCUAAGUCUCCGUUUACCCACGAUCGCAUAUGCACCUUGGCAAAACCUUGGGGAAGGUUAACCCUUUCAGGGAACAAACUGACAACUUCAACCUAUCUGGGAGACAACAAAGUCAAGAAAGAGACCGAGGAACUCAGUGGAGAGGAUGAGAUUGUAAACGAACUAGCACAGAAGUUUGGAAUUAGAAAAGAAUCUUGUUUACACCCUGAAGGAUCCAUGUAUCACGGAUUAGAACUGAAAUGAAAUAUUUCUUAAUUCAAAUUCAUUAAGGGCUUUCUGUUACAUAAUUGUAUGGGGCAAAAAUUUUAUUCUGCCAACCCUUCCCUCUUAGCAUUGCAUCGCUGAACAUUUGGAAAGGAACGUUAAAUAUGAAAAGGAAUCACACUGAUGGUCACAGAUUGUCUUCUUGAAAGAUUUUCUCAAAGGAAUAACUUUGUAAAGAAAAGGUCUUUUAAAAGUUGUUAUCAGUCCUUACGAAGCGGCUGUUUCAACAGUUCAUUGAUAAUAGUUAGAUAGUUAUGCAAUGAAUAAUAAUAUGGAAGACCCUUCACUCAAGUCAAUUCGAAGCAAAUGAUUGGAUUCCUUUUCUUCUGGAGCAGUCAGGUCGAACAAGCGAUGUUACCCUCAGAUGUUACAACCGCAAAUGGGUCGUUAAAACUUAAAACCUAGAUGCUCUUAAAUCAAAAUUGGUUGCUCUUUGAUCAAAAUUCGCACAAAUGCUAAAUGUUUCUCUUGUCGAUACUUUCAAAAUAUGUGUUGUGAACAAGGAAGACAGAUUCAUGAGUGCAGAAA